AUGAAUUCGGAUGGCGUCAGAUCCAGAAUUCCACAGAUUUCGCGAACAAAAUCCGCCCUUAUUCGUGAUUAUUGGCACUCUAGAGAGUACACCGUGUCUCAAAUCUCUGAAUGGCUAAAUUGUGGGCCGCGAGAGGUUUGGUAUGCAAUCAAGAAUGAAGCCAAUGACAAUCUGAGUGAAGACUCGCGAUACCUGAAUGGUCAAUUGGGCGACAUAAUCAACGUCGACGAACUUCCGGUUCGCAAAAGACCGAUCACAGAGCCUCAGGUGAAACUCGAGGAGCUCGAGGUUGAACAAGUGGAUGUUAAGCUCUGUAACGAGUACGACGGGAACACCAGCGAAUCAGAGGAUACGGAUGAGAUUGAGCGUGAACAGUGUUUGAGUUCGCAAUCCCAAGAUGAGCAAUCGCAGCUCAAUAUCAUGAGCCCCAAACCACCACCUAGUUAUGAAGAAGCUGCGGGUCCGGACGCAUCACAAGUGCUAUUCCGUGCCGCUCCAUCUCGUACGUCAGGAGCCGAUCAACGAUCUGCCGCGGCCGGUCGACCUCAUGAUGGGCGCCCACGAUUGCCUCUCGACCCAUCUUCCGAGCGUGUCCACCCUGUUGUUGCUGCCACCUACGCGUCCGCAUUUAAAGGCAAAGGGCGGGAGUUACCGCCUAGUGUGGCAUCAAAACCUUCCUCAGCUACAAUACCUACAAUACCUACCGCCUCGACCAGUCAAUGUCAGGUCAGCGCAUUUUUGAGCGGACUGAAGCGGCCGCAGGCUUGUUUGAAAGACGCGUUUUAUGAGUUCGGCGUGAAAACGGAUGCAGAUCUGGAUGUUCUCUGCACUCUGCAGGACCAGUGGGAUGUUCUGAAGGAAUUCUUGAUGACUAGGAACGUGACUAUAUUUCAGUGGAUGAUGGUGAAAAACGGUUUAGAGGCUCGUGCGACUCACUUGUCAGAUAAUCAUGCGAGGGGUGGAUGCAGUGGCAUCCAUAACAACAUUCCGCAGUUACCGGGAGCUUCAGAUAAAAGGCCAGAGGCCUUAGUACUCCGCAUCAAUCGACCACGAAAGCCGUCAGCCUUGACUGAGGACGAUAAAAUCCAAUUCUUGGGCUUCGGGAAGGUUCUCGACUCCGAAGAUGUGGAAAUGGGUGAGGUGUCCAUCAAGCUGGAGGGGGACCUCAAUGACGGGAGCUUCGAUGAUGUAGUGGUUCCUUCCGCCGCUGAAAGUAUCGAGAUGGACUUGAUCGAAGAACUCCAGUACCCGGAUAAUUUUGACCCCCCUUCAAGUGAUCCCGUAGUAAAAGCACAAAGUCCCCCGAUUGUCCAGAAGCAUGCAGAAACGCAGCGUUUCUCGAAGAUGCGUACCCCGCCACCCCCUGUUAUUCCUCUCCAAGAAGUGCAGGAAUCGACUAGUUCAUCGUCGAGCGACAUUCAGCUCGAGCCGGAUUUAUCAAACAAUACAACGGAUGCCAAACAUGCUUUCUCCCCGGCGGUCGAUGCAUUCCUCAGAAGCCUCCCUAGCUUGUCUCCCCCGCCUGCUCAUUUCGCGCAAGAGUUGAUCUCACUGGGAUUCAGAUCAGAUGCCGAUCUCGAUGCACUGGCUCUCGCAUCGCCCAUGGAGGGAGAUUGGGAUGAGCUCAAGAAGUGCCUUAUCCUCGACAAAUCUCACUAUGUUUGGUGGACCUACGUAAAGAAUGGACUGAAGGAGCGGAAGGAGAAGCUCAGUCGUGCCGGCCCGGAUAAUUUCUGGUCCCGUAUGCGUCCUCGUCUUUCUUUUCUGUCAUAA